AUGCCACCACGAUUAAACUUCCCCGCGCUUACGCGAUCGAUCGCAUUCCGGCCCAGACCCCAAGUCCAAUCUCCUGCUCGAGCAGCGCUUCGCCUGUCACCGUCGCAAUGCCGCCUCUACUCGGACUCGUCCAAGCCGCCAGCCAACGACCGAACGAAGCGAGAGGACGCGAAGCCGAUUGAACAUGUUUCUGAAGAGGCAGCGUCCAUGGCGAAAACAAUGGGAGAAGAUGGUCCCGACCUAAACCAGGGCACCUCGAUUGAAGAUGUAGUCAAGGGAGACAAGGACUUGCAAGCGAACCUGCCCAAGGUGAUGCAGGACAAGCUCAACUCGCAAAAGCCCAAGACGACACCAAACAUGGCACCCAAGGGAUCACGCUCAUAUUCGACUAUGACGACACAGUCAAGCGGAAACAGCGGCAUCGACAUGGGCCUCGUAGACAUCCAGUCCGUGUCCAAAGCACCGGCAAUGCCAGGACUGAAAUUUGAGAUGCCCUCUCUGCCUCUGCCCAAGGACGGUCACGUCAAGCACCGCCACGACCCCGUAGUCGACCAGGUCACCAAUCUGCUCAUGCGACACGGCAAGAAGAGCGUUGCAGAGCGAAACAUGGCGCUGAUUCUGCAACACCUUCGAACAUCACCCGUCCCCACCAUUAACCCCGCGCGACCGCUGCUCCCCGGCGCGCCACCUCCAUCGCACCUUCCACUCAACCCUGUACUGUAUCUCACUCUCGCUAUCGAUUCGGUCGCUCCUCUCAUGCGCAUUCGAAGUCAGCGUGGUGCUGCCGGAGGCGGUGUCGCUCUGCAGAUUCCCGUUCCGCUGGGCCAGAGGCAACGGCGGCGUGCUGCCAUUCAGUGGAUCAUGGCCGCUGCAUCUAAGAGGAGGAAUUCGGGCAGUGGCAAGGGCAGUCUUGCUCAGCGCAUUGCUUCUGAGCUCAUUGCUGUAGUACAGGGCACGAGCGGCAUCUGGGAAAGGCGCAACGCUAUCCACAAGCUUGGUGUUGCUGCACGAGCCAACAUUGUUCUGCCCCGGAAGAGGUAG